AAUCCUCUGCAGUGGAAUUCCUACAGCUAUUGUGGUCCAUUACAAGCACAAGAUUACAUCUUUCCACUUGUCGCUAAUUGUGCAUUUUGGCAGGGAAAAAAAGGAAGAUUUCCUGUUAGAGUGUUGCCAAGCAACCAGAAUACGGAUUACUCCAAUUUCUGGAUUUUUCUUGUAUGAUGUGUAUCAGAAGGUUUCUGCUACCUUGGAGUUGAUGACCAAGCUGAUAACAGAGACACCUGACCAGCCAAUCCCAUUUCUAAUUGAUCAUCUUCAGUCCAAACAGGGGAACCGCAGUCAGCUUCAGAGAACGUUGUCUGGCUCUGCUGCCCUUUGGGCAGAGAGUGAAACAUCAGAACAUAAAGGUACAAGGAGAGAUUUUAGAAGUUAUGAUAAACCUUGGCAGGUAAAUGCAAAAAAGCCUAAAAAGUCAAAGAGCGACCUUGCCGUGUCCAACAUUUCUCCACCGUCACCGGAGUCCAAGUCAUUGCCAAGGUCAAUAGAGCAUCCUAAAUGGGAUUGGAAGACAAAACCGGAGAACCAUGAUUUUGAUGAACUAAAUCAUAUUCUUCAAGAGAGCAAAAAACUUGGAAAAGCCCUUGAGAAUCUGUCUCGCA